UGUCGCUUCCAGCCCCAAUGCAAAUGUUUUCAACCUGACCACUGAAGCGUCAACUACGAACAGCAGUUGAAACAAACAGUUGUGUAGUUGUCCAAAAUAAUACUGUUCAAUAAUUUUUCGCUUUUCUACACCUGAAAAGAGCGCGAUGGAUGCUGAUUCAGUCUUUUACACCGAUCGAAGUGGAAAAGUCACCAGUAACCCCCUGCUCGACCAGCUCCCCAGCUACCAGUCCUUGCUGUACCGCAGGAAGGCAUCCCAUACGGGCACCAAGAGAAGGAGCAGCUCUCGAGGUCGUACUGGCUCCCACGGUAGUGGGAAAUGGACGCUGAGUUUUUUGAAUAGACACGAUGAGAAACAUAAGAACCAACUGGAGCAGAAACCAACCAGAGAGCUUGCGCAGACCAUGGCUGAGAAACGCAGAGAUAAAGCGUUACGCCUACAAGAGGAUGCAGAACUCAGUAGCUGGACACAGUGGAGGCAAAGCACCCACAGGUAUCUCCGCAGGCUGCUCGAUGGUGUCCACGAGUUGCUGACCGCCCUGCAGCUCUGGAGGGGCGACAUCCACCUGAUAGAGGGAAUGUUUGGCACGGGCAUUCUUUCCUACUUUUCCUUCCUACGCUUCCUUGUCAUGCUCAACCUGAUCAUCUUCACCCUCAUGUUCAGCUUCGUCUUGUUACCCAUCAUCAUUGCUCCUCACGCCUCAGGGAACAUCACCUACAACCUGGAUGAUGGUAGUAUUUGCAGUGUUUAUCCAAGCAGUUCUCGCCGAGGUCUUGUCAUUUUUCACGAACACAUCACAGAUCUCUUGUCUGGCGGAGGCUUUCUUGAGCAGACCUAUUUGUUUUAUGGCUACUACAAAGUGGACAAAAUCCACUUCCCCAGGACCACCUAUAAUUUGCCUCUCGCCUACCUGCUGGUCACUGUUGCCUACCUCUUCCUCAGUCUCAUCUGGAUUGUUAAAAGGUCUGCCACUGGUUUCAAACGUAACCUGAUUCAGGAUGAAGACCGAUUCCAGAGUUUUUGCAACAAGAUAUUUGCUGGUUGGGACUUCUGCAUCACCAAUGGCAAUGCAGCAAAGCUCAAAAGAAGCAGUUUGCUUUAUGAACUUAGGACUGAUUUGGAGGAAGAAAGGAUCAAACAGAAAAUAGCAGAUCGGACCCGCAAAGAGAAAUGUCGCAUUUAUCUCAUACGCUUCAUCCUCAACCUGUUUGUCAUUGCUGUAUUAGCUGGUUGCUUCUACUGCAUUUACGUUGCCACCAUUUUCUCCCAAGAAGCACAGACGAACGAGGUCAAGGGAAAUUUCGUUGUGGAUCUCAUCCAUGAGUAUCUGCCAUCAAUUGUUAUCACUUUAGCCAACUUCAUCACUCCCCUCGUCUUCUCAGUCAUCAUCAACUUUGAGGACUAUUCGCCUGCUUUCGAGAUUCGGUUUACUCUCAUAAGAUGUGUAUUCAUGCGACUGACCAGCAUUGGAGUUUUGCUCUUCUCACUCUGGUCUCAGAUCACUAAAUGUAAAGAAGAGCCAUGCGAAUGCGGCUACAACCAUUUGCUCUAUUCAUGUUGGGAGACACGUAUUGGCCAGGAAAUGUACAAACUCACCAUCUUUGAUUUUAUUAUCAUUGUGGCAGUUACCAUCUUUGUGGAGUUUCCUCGAAAGCUUAUAGUCAAGUACUGCCACUGUGGCCUUGCUAAGUGGUGGGGUCAGCAGGAGUUUGCUAUCCCUCAGAAUGUUCUUGAGAUUGUCUACGGCCAGACAAUCUGCUGGAUCGGUGCAUUCUACUCCCCAAUGCUUCCUGCCAUCUGCACCAUAAAGUACUUUUUUAUCUUUUACAUCAAAAAGGUGUCACUUAUUAAAAACUGCCGUCCGGCCACACGUCCAUUCAGAGCUUCAAGUUCCAACUUUUUCUUCCUGGGUGUGCUACUGAUUGGCUUGAGUUUGGCUUGCGUGCCUGUUAUUGUUAGUGUAGCACAAAUAAACUGUUCCCAGGCAUGUGGCCCAUUUGUGAAUUACACCACCUCCUGGGAGGUUCUGCCAACUGCCAUAUCCCAGCUCCCCAGUGGAGUCCAAACUCUCUUCUUCACUAUCUCAUCCGAGGCUUUUGCUGUGUCCUCCUUUGUUGUUACAUGUUUGGCCAUGUUUUACGUGAUCGCACUAGCUGGAGCACACAAGAGGGUGAUCAAACAACUUCGGGAACAGCUCGUCAUGGAGGGUCGAGACAAGCAUUUCCUGAUCCAGAAACUGUGCCAGGCCCAGAAAAUCUCUGCUGUCACAUCGCCGGGAUCCAGAAGUCAGCGGCGAUCCAGCAGAAGCAGUCCCAGUUACCAUACCAGCUUCUCCAACAAUUUUCCAGAAGGGCUGUUCCUGGCACAUUCUCCUCCAGACAGUUUCACAAAUGUGUGAAACAAGAUUUAGGAGUUAGGGAAUAACAAACCAACACUACACUGGACAAGCAAACAACAUUUGGAUGGAAUCAAACUGUUUGUUUUAAUAUAAUAUACUUUUAUGAACUUUUAUUUUUACUGUGUAUGAGCAAAAAAAUAAUUUGUUGUGGUUUUUUUUCCAUUUUACUUUUAUCUUUUCCUUCUGAGAAGGACUUCACUACAAACACCAGUUCUUUAUUAACCUCCUCUUUGUACUGUAUUGUGCACUUUAUAUGGAUUAAGGCUAAGUACUGGAUUAUAACAUUAUUUUUGCAUUGUAGUUAUGCAAAAACCGAUACAUUUACAACACAGUGCAAAGCUGUUCGUAUAUUGUAUAAUGUUAUUUUUUUCUUUUUUAUGUAGUGUUUCAAAAUCUUGUUAUUUUUACACUACGGGGUGCUGUGACUCUAAAGGGAAAAUAAACCUUUAAAAUA